AUGCCUUCAUCUUCCAGCUAUGGCAGUACAGAUGAUAUUAUCGAUUCAAUUUCUUCAAGCUCUCGCAAGAACACUAAAAGGAAACAUGAAGAUUCGAAAAUGGAUGACACGGAGCUGUACCAAAAUGCGGGCAAGAAGGCUUUGAGCCUUCUGGAUACAUUCAGUGUACCCUCUGCAGCCUUCAAGACCGGUCUUCAAUUUGACCGAGGUGGUAAGUGUGAUCCGAAACAAUCUAACAAUGUCACUUAUCAGCAUUUGUUAUUGUAUAAUGGCAUCAUCGACUACAUUCCUGGUCUCAAGAGCGAGCUCAACGACAUAUUGAGCAAAAAACUCAACAAAAUCAUUGCAAUGGUAUUGAAGGGUAUGAGCGACAGCAGAUCUGCAGAUCUGAGCUCCGUCAAGCACAAGGGCCUACAAUACAUUGGCCUGAAUAUGUAUAGUAAGGCCAACACUCUUGACCUGCCAAUUCCAGAAGUCGAGGAUAAGUCAAUGCAUGGGCUCAAUCACCCGCAGUUGGCCCGUUUGCUUUGCCCUUGGAAGAAAUUGGAUUGGUUUGAUGAGGACCCUGAUUUUGCUAUGGCCACUUUGCAAGCUGGUGAAAUAACGAUGACAGCAUACAAUUGGCCUACGUUCUUCUAUGAACAUGACAUUUACAAUUCUGCCAAGAAGACGAAUGCAAAACUGUCGAAAAAUCAUGCAUGGGGGCUAACGGCUGUUAACAAAUACAUCAUGGCAUACAUUCACAUCAUUACAUAUUUUACCAUCAGCAGCGCUCAGCACUGGACUCAAUAUAUUGGUGACAUGGACUUGGAUGAGCUCCUCUGGGCUAUCGUUGAAAUGCUAGAUGACGAUGACGAUCCAUGGGUCAAAGACACCCUCGCGUAG